AUGCUGGAGUUCGGGGAGACGGUGGUCGGCAAGGAGCACACCGAGCUGCAGGACAAGCUGGGCACGGCCUGGUGCAAAGGAAUGCGGCUUGGACGCAGUACGAAGAGUGACGCUCACAUCAUAGGUACAGCAACUGGGAUAGUUCAAGCCAGGGCGGCGAAACAGCUUACGAAGGAGGAGAGUUUCGAUACGGAGAUUCUCAGAGCUAUGCGGUGGACGCCGUGGAAGACCCCGGUGAGGGCUGGAGUCUUUGACGGCGAGAACUGGCAGCCAACGGAGGGAUGUCCUGGGCGUGAGUACGCAGCAAAGGGUCAGCACGGACGUGGCCGACCACCACACCACAGCAGGACACGCCAGCAACGUCGGGCCGAGUAUGAGAAGACUGUUGCCAGCAAGACCGAGGAGCAGCCCAAGGUCGUCGCGGUUCCAGCGCCCGCGAUCAGCUCCGAGGCAGGUCUGGUGGGAGCCAUCGAGGACAUGAGUACGGAGGGCCUCAAGAGGCUCGUGGCAGGCUUCAGCGCAGAGGAGAUGAUGAGGCUCGCGGCCGAGGUCGACAAAGAGACGAAGGACGACAGCGAGUUCAGCGUCAUGGGCUGGACGGAGGACGGCGAGUGGGAGGCGAAGCAGCGCGAGCUGGAUCGGUUCAACAACUACGACGUGUGGGAGCUCACCCUCAGGGGCCCUCACGGGCCCAAGGCUCUCACGUGGACAUGGGUCUUGGAGAUGAGGAGUGGCGAGCUCAAGGCAAGGCUCUGUGCGAAGCCAUUCGGCAAGCAGAUCAACAAGAGCAAGAACAAGCUGCAUUGCCCCACUCCACUUUCGUUUUCACUCAAACUGCUCAUGGCGCACGCGAUCGCCAAGGCUGAGGUCCCGAGGGAGUACUGCCACUUACCAGAUAGUUCAGAUUGGGUUUUCAAGCUCAACAAGACAGUUUAUGUACUCGACGAGGCAAUGAUAGAUUUCGAUGACCACUUCGAGAACAUUGCUACAGGACGGAGCGAUGAAUCAAAGAUGGCUUGCAAGAGGUGUCUUGCGGAUCCGUGCACGUUCGCAGACAAGACCAAUCAGGGUAUUCAAGUUCGUAUGCGGCCUGCUAGCGUGAAGAAGCCACUCGACUCUGAGCCCAAUGAUAAGAAGACGAGCCCAAUACCUGGAAUCGAGAAUGAGAGGAAGGUCGAGAGCGAGGAGGAGUUGGACGCAAAGGCGGCCGCGAGGUUCAGGAGCAACAACGGCCUCAACACGUUCGCUUGCUUAGAGAGGCCCGAGUGCCAGUACGCGGCGCAGGA